GGGCUGUUUCGCCGGCGACCAGGGUUGGCAAUCGGCUUCGCCGGUUAUACAUUAAACAUUUCACAAAUCCCCGAUUAAAUUGUAUCAGCAUGGACUCCCCGCUGAACGAUGGCUCGCGACAGCUUCCGCAGCACGCCCCCCACCCACUGGCCGACUACCAGUUUUCCGCCGAGGAGGUGAGGGCAUUACGUGAGUGCAACACAGAGUCAUUCUUCCAGCGGAGUCUUCCCUUCGGCACGGGACUCGGUCUGCUGGCCUACUUUGGCGUCAAGAACGGCUACCUCCAGGGACACGGCAAGUACGGCGCCGUGCCCAAGGUGGUGAUGGGCGUCAUCCUGGGCUACUUUGUGGGCAAGUUCAGCUACCAGCAGAAGUGUGCCGAGAAGAUCAUGCGGCUGCCCAACUCCCACCUGGGCGAGCUGCUGCGUCAGCGAAGGCAGGGCGGCGGCGUCAUCAGCACCAUCACGCCGGACGAGAACCUGGGCCGGGCCUUCACCCUGGCCCCCUUCUCGCCCAGCUCGUCGUCGGCGGACGUGUACAGCGAUGAGGCAUUCCAGCCGGCGAGGAGCACUGCCCUCAACCUGGACACGGAGUCGCGUCCCACUAUGUCCGGCCUGGACGACAUCUACCGGCCCACUCUGGACUCAGCUAGUUCGUUGCUGGACACGGAUCUGCCCUUGGAGCCGGCCAAACCGGGUCAGUCGUACGAGGAUCUGCGGCGGAGGAACCGCGAGGAGUACUCGAAGCACCAGCAGAGUCCCUACUCGAAGCCCUAUGAGCCUCCAGCUGCCGUUCAGCCGAGGCCCGUGGAGCCAGCACGAAGUGAGCCCGCUGGCCGAAAGAACCAAUACGGCGACUCCUGGACCGACUGAGCUCCCACACCGAUCAUUGUUAUUUUGUUGGACAUAAAACGUGCAUAAAGUUCUGUGGAAA